GAAUUAUGACCAGCAGUGUUAAAUACUAACGUCUCAGAACCUCGUGGCACAUAGUAAGUCUGUUUUUGGCUGGUUAAAACUGUAUGGUUAAAAAAACAAAUUCUCUAUGGUGACUUUAAAUGCGAUUAUUACUUCCGGAACCAAAACGUUCAGCGCUAUGCCAGGAAAACGGAGAUGAAGACCAUUUCUGGGUGAAUUUAUGACGCAUCUAUGUUGAAAUAACUUUAAAAGUCCCAAGGAAAUGAGUCGCUGUCAAGAAGAAGUGGAGCUGGAAAAAAGCGUCAGGCAGCUGAGAGAAAGGUUCCAUGGCAAGAUUCCCAUCGACAAGGCAACUUUGCUCAUGCGACGCUAUAGCAACGACCACCGGAUGGUCGCCACAGAAAUUGUCCUGAUGAAAGACAGAGAACUGGACGAUGAUGACAAAUGGCAUCUGGAAAACGACCCAGUGGUGAAGAAUGUGGUUCAGAAACUGCAAGCUGAGGACAGAGAACAGGACAAUAAGGAAAAGCAGCCAUCGAAAAGCGAUGGGGACUCUCGUCGGAAACCUAAAACAAACAAAGACCCAAAGAACGACAGGGACAUACAGGAGCUCGGCCAGAACCUCCGCGUGCUGCCUCUGACCGAGAAGAACAAGCGCAUGUUUGACCAGGCGCAGAAGGACGAGAUCCCUUCCGCCAUUCACCAGUUUGCCUGUCAGCAGUGCGACCAGGACUGGUGGCGACAGGUGCCGCAGAGGAAGAGGGUGUCGCGCUGUCGUCGGUGCAAGAAGAGAUACGACCCCGUGCCACCAGACAAGAUGUGGGGCAUCGCUGAGUUCUUCUGCCCGAACUGCGCUCGCUCGUUCAAGGGCUUCGGAAGAAUGGACCUAGGCUCUCCCUGCUACGGCUGCCGGGCAAUCAUACUCCCAUCCCAAAUCCUGCCUCCGCGGCGGGGGAACGCAGGGCGUAGAGGAAGGCACCAGCACAGCUGCCUGGCCGAGGACUGCUACAACAGACAGGAGCGCUACGUGCCUGGCACAGAAUGCGUCCACCCACACAGCAGGCAGAGGAACAGGAAGCCUCGCGUGGUGAAUCCCAGCGAAGCCCACAUCAGCAGCGGCUCCACGGUGGACACGUGCGUGAGCCAGGGCAGCCUCGUUGAGCAGCUCUUCGACCUCAUCCUGGAGGACAUCGGCGAGCAGGAGGAGGAAAGCGACUUUGACUCAGAUGGCAGCGGCUGAAGGGGUCGCCGCCAACCCACCGACAGGGAUGUCAGCGAGAAGACUGGCUUAACCCUGAAGCUGUGCGUUUACAAUCCGAUUCUCAGUACGUGUGCGUGUGCCACUGAGUUCUGGGGACGCAGUGAUCUUCCCUAGCAAUUCAGGAAUCUGGAGCAUAUUUAGAGCCUUCUAUUGUAAAUAUUCGCUGUCAUUCUAUAAAAGACUCGUAACAGUAACAUCAUGUAACCUUUAGUUUACAUCUUUGCAUCCCUGUGGCCAAACACAAGUAAGGGUUCAUGCCACUAUGGAUAAUUCAGUAUGCUUCUAAUUGGGUAGCCACACUGAUAUUCUCUGUUUUUGUAAACUGUUCAGUUCAUGUAUAUCCUCUAAAUCUAUUUUUGGUCAGUUUAGUUAAAGGAAGAACAGUUCACGAAGUCCGAGGAAAACGACGUCUCACACACUCUUAAGACCACGCGAAGUGCAACGCUCAAAACCUCCAGUACAAAAUCACCACAACUUAAAUAACACAAAACUGAACUGUAUCCCUGUGUCGGCUCACACGCAUAGUCAUAAUCUCUAUAUAUCUCUCCUUUCUUUUCAGCCAUGCACUUAAAUUCUGCAGUGAGGUUCUUUUAUACAUGCUUCAUAUAUAUUCACUUCACAGCACUGUGGUGAGGCGGACGCAAGGACGCCGACACAGCUUUUCAGCGGGGUUUCCCUGGGACAGCGGCCUAACGUCCCUGCUUGAUCAGACUAGAGACAGAAUUUCAGACAGUUUCCGCUAGUUAGGGCCCUGUGCUAUGAUGCUAGCGGCCUGUGGGUAUAUAUACGGACUGGUGGCAAUAAAGGUGGAGAAUGUUAGAAGUAUGCAGGGCUGUAUCAUUUGUUGUGGUUUCUUUGUAAUAUCUCGCCUGGCUUGGUUUGUUUUUUUGGGGGGGGGCGGGGGGUUUUGUGGGCAGCUGGGUUUACUUUUCAGACACUUUGUGUCUACAGUUGUAAUUCCAUGGUUAUUCUGCACUGAUGUAAACCAAUAUCGUAGAACACGCAGAUGAAACCUAAAGCGUUUUAAGGUUACAAUGUUAUAAGUGACAAUCUCACACAAUGGCACAAAAUGCGAUUAAUUUUUUUUGUAAGUUAUGGCUCCUUAAACACACUGAGUUUUCUUAAUAAAAUGAGAAUAUCGGUUAAGACAUUUUAAGAUUAUUUUUCAAAGUGCUGAGUGUCAGUUGCUCUCAGGUAUAGACUUCCAAAGAUAGCAGCUUGCCACAUGCCACUGAACUUACAAUUUGCUGUUCUCUUGACCUACUAGCAUUCUUUAUUUACCCAUGUCUCGUAUGCAGCAGGAUUUGGCCAGAUCUCUGAAGAGGGUGCACCAAGAGCUCGCAAUUGUGAGUUCUGGAGUCUGCCUUUGUUUUAAAAGGACUUCUCAACAAUAAAGACCAAAUCCUAAAUCCUA